UACCAGCUUGCAGUGAUGUAUUUUGAUGGCCUGGGAACCACUGUUGACCAAACAAAGGCAGUGCAGUACAUGAAGAGGGUUGCCAGCUGGGACUCACCAGCAGCAAAGUCUCUGAAACACAGCGCCCUGUUCAACAUUGGGAGGGCCUACCUGGAUGGGUACGGGGUCAAACGCUCCAGUGAGGAAGCAGAGAGAUACUGGCUUCUUGCUGCAGAUGAUGGUAACCCCAAUGGCAGUGUGAAAGCUCAGACCUCACUAGGCCUUUUCUAUUCCAGCUGUGAGACACUUGAUCUGAAAAGGGCAUUCUUCUGGCACUCAGAGGCCUGUGGUAAUGGCAGUCUGGAGUCCCAGGGGGCACUGGGCGUCAUGUAUCUGUAUGGUCUAGGCAUCAGACAGGACCAUCAGUCUGCCCUGCAGUGCCUCAGAGAGGCCUCUGAGCGGGGGAAUGUCUAUGCCCAGGGACACCUGGUGGCCUACUACUACCACAGGAAGCUGUAUUCACAAGCAGCCACCCUCGCCAAGAGGAUAUCCACAUACGAUGACAUCGCAGCAAUAGCGAAGAGUACAGACUGUCUGCCGGAAUACAUCCGCAAGGGCGUUGCCAUGGCUCUCUUCUAUUACGCACGCUGUCUGCAGCUAGGCAAAGGUGUUGAGAAGAACCAGGAGGAAGCCAAGCAGUACUUCUCAAAGGCAGCACGUCUCAGCCCUGAAGUGUGCAAGGAGCUACAGAUGGAUGUCACAUAUGGGAAGAUGUGACUAUCACCC